ACGCCGCGGCGCGCCGCGCAUGCCUCUUCCUUUCCAGCUCCGGCCCCGGACGUAGAAGCUGCCGAGAUGUUGAUGCCCAAGAAGAACCGAAUUGCCAUUUAUGAACUCCUUUUCAAGGAAGGAGUGAUGGUGGCCAAGAAGGAUGUCCACAUGCCCAAACAUCCUGAGCUGGCAGACAAGAAUGUGCCCAACCUUCACGUCAUGAAGGCCAUGCAGUCUCUCAAAUCACGAGGCUAUGUAAAGGAACAGUUUGCCUGGAGACAUUUCUACUGGUACCUUACCAACGAGGGCAUCCAGUAUCUCCGUGAUUACCUCCACCUGCCCCCCGAGAUUGUGCCUGCUACUCUGCGCCGCAGCCGCCCUGAGACUGGCCGACCACGGCCCAAAGGUCUGGAGGGAGAGCGACCUGCAAGACUCACACGAGGGGAAGCUGACAGAGAUACCUACAGACGAAGCGCUGUGCCCCCUGGUGCUGACAAGAAAGCUGAGGCCGGGGCUGGGUCAGCAACUGAGUUCCAGUUUGUGUUACUCGUGAGCAGUAGUCGCCACCCAGACCGCUGGAUUGUCCCUGGGGGAGGCAUGGAGCCCGAGGAGGAGCCGAGUGUGGCAGCAGCCCGUGAAGUCUGUGAGGAGGCUGGAGUAAAAGGGACAUUGGGAAGAUUAGUUGGAAUUUUUGAGAACCAGGAGAGGAAGCACAGAACGUAUGUCUAUGUGCUCAUUGUCACAGAAGUCCUGGAAGACUGGGAAGAUUCAGUUAACAUUGGAAGGAAGAGGGAAUGGUUUAAAAUAGAAGAUGCCAUAAAAGUGCUGCAGUAUCACAAACCGGUGCAGGCAUCGUAUUUUGAAACAUUGAGGCAAGGCUACUCAGCCAACAAUGGCACCCCAGUCGUGGCCACCACGUACUCGGUUUCUUCCCAGAGCUCGAUGCCAGGCAUCAGAUGACUGAAGACUUCGCGUAAGAGGAAUGGAAAUUGGAAACUAGACUGGAGUGCAGAUCUUCCCUCCCUUGCUCUUUUCACCUCUCCUCACAGGCCUCCUCUCCAAAUAAGGCAUGAUGGACAGCAGAGAAAGGGGUUCUUGAUGGUGUUGCUGUUUGGUGUUAAGUGAUGGGCUUUUUCUUCUCUUUUUAUGGAGGGGGUGGGGGGUGGGUAUGUAAUUUGUAAGUACUUUUGUGCAUGAUCGGUCCCUCCCUUUUCACACCCCUACAAUUGUCUAGAGAGACAGACAGCCUGCCCUCUGCCUUGGAUUCUGAAGUGUUCCUGUUUGUCUCACCCCAGCCCUGGCCAGACGUUUUUUCUUUGAUUUUUAAUUUUUUUUUUUUUAUUAAAAGAUACCAAUAUGAGAUGAAA